CCAUCAGGGUCAACCUCCAGUUGUAGAGGGGUGAGCUGGUCCUUCUGCCUUCUCGCCGUCUCUUCUGUAUCCCACUACCUCAACCCUCAUGCUGUGGUUCUUGAUUCUUUAUCACCUCUAACUUUCACAGAUUCUGCAGGGCUUUUAUCUCCCUUCAUCUCUUCUUUCAUUUCAUUUGGAUCGUUGAAUUCAAGCCACCAACUGACCAGACAGUUAAAAGACCAACCAGCCAGCAAGAAUGACGGACAAACCGGUGCUGCCAGCAGGAGGCGGAGAUGAUGCCGGCGGCAUCAUGGCGCUGCUGGAGCGCGUGGCGGGCCUCAUGGACAACGUCCAGGCCACACAGCAGCGCAUGGAGGAGCGUCAGCUGGAGCUGGAGAACACAGUGAAAACCAUCCAGGCCGACGUCGUCAAACUCACCAACGAUCACGCAAACACCAGCUCCACGGUCAGCCGGCUGCUGGAGAAGACCCGCAAGGUCAGCUGCCACAUCAAGGAUGUCAGGGUGCGGGUGGAGAACCAGAACCUCAGGGUGAAGAAGGUGGAGGCCACGCAGGGAGACCUGCUCGCCAAGAACAAGUUCAGGGUGGUCAUUUACCAGGGUGACCAGGAAGUUAAAGCGAUCACACCAGGCAACGAGCCGGCAGAGUCCAGCGGUGCAGCUGCAGCAAGGCCUGAGGUGGAACCAGACAAGUUUGAGCUUCCUCCAGAGUCGGACGAAGAGUACAUGGUUGUGGAGGAAGCAGACUCCUCAUCAGCCGGUCGGAUGAAGAAGACAGGCUUGACACGCAUCGAGAGCUUCAAAGCCACCUUCUCCAAGGAGAACAUGAGCAAAACCCGCGAGAACCUGGGCACCAAAGUCAACAAACUCGGCGAGCGAAUCGUAACGGCCGAAAGGCGCGAGAAGAUCCGCCAGUCAGGUGAGAAGCUGAAGGAGACCUUCACCAAGACGGUCCCGGCGAAGCUGAACCUGAAGAAAGAGAGGACUGUGGCUGAGGGUCAGGAAGGAGCAGAGGGAGCUGCAGAGGCAGCCGGUCCAGUUCCUCCUCCGAAAGGCCGUAGGAGCAGCCCAGCAGCAGCCAGGGCGGCUGAAGACGAGGCCAAGCCGGCCGAGUCUGAGGUGCCCAUGUACGACAUGAAGCAGCUGUCAUAAACAGGACAGCUGCCAGU